UUUAAAAUUUGAAAACGGGCAUAUUGUGCAAAGUCUAUCAAAGUAAAUAACAUUGAAUUUGGUGUCAUAAAGUUCAAAGAAUCACCUUAACCAGUAUCUAAGGAUUGAACAUGGGACUAUACUGAGAAGGACGUUACAACGUGAAACGUAGCUUCGUAUUUUAAACAGUAAUAAAAGGUCACAAGAGAUAUCUGAAGACAAAAUGGAAUACUUAUAACUCGAGAAAAAAUAACUAAGAAUUAAAAUUUGACAUUUUAGGAAGGCUAAAACGAGUAUCUCAAUAGGAAUUAAAUAUGGUCACAUACUAAGAUGGACGUCAUUAAGUGAUACCUAGCUUCGUGAAAAUAAAAUAAGGCCACAAGAGACAUCUGAAGACAAAGUGGAAUACAUAUAACGCGAGAAAAAUACCCAAGAAUUAAGAAUUUACAUUGCAGAAAGGCUUAAACGAGUAUUUCAAAACAUAUUCCAUAUGAACACAUACUGAAGUUAUUAAGCGAAACCUAGCUUCGUGACAACCAAUAAAGGGGCAGAAAAAGACAAAGUUGAUCUCGUUUGCAAAACUAUCCAAGGAUUAAGAAUGGACAGUGUAGAAAGAUUAUCUGAAGAAGGUACACAAAGGGCCAAGGAAUGUCUAAGCCUGUUGAAGUUUUCCGAAGGGCUGGUAAGAAGAGACAUAGAUUUGGCAAGAAUUCAGUUGGAGCUGCGACUGAAGAAGCUUGAAACGAGGCUGCUUGCAGAGUUGCGGGACCUGGUGGAAAAUGAAACAUUUAAAGUGGAAGAAACGGUUGCUAACGUGAAUGAAAUUGUGAAAUGUGCAAGAGCAAAUGGACCUGAUAAAUCUACAGCGGAUAGACUGAGAAACCAAGUGAACAGUUUACAGAAAACACGUUUAAAGUUUGAAGGUAACAGUACCAUUCAAGAUGUAUUUGACAAAUUUGAUACAUUUGGAACAAUAACAUGUGUGGAAAUAGUUGGAGGUACGAUAACUCAUAACGUUAAUCAAGAUAAAGAUAGCUCUGGUGGAGAAGGAGAGAAUAUAUCUAAUGGGAUAAGAGAGCAUGGACGAUUGGAACCCGAAGGUUCAAACACUGUUGCAGUCCGUGACUUGUGUCGGAAUACUGGUGAAACAGAUGACAAAGCAAGGAGCGAUGAAGCUGAUAUUAAAGCACUGAAUGUUCUUGAAAAUGUCCAAGGAUAUUAUAUGAAUUCAAACAAGACGUUCAACGCCAAGGUAAAUGAUAUUAAAAUGGCUUCGCGAGUUCCGACACACCAAUCCAGUGGUUCAGAAAAUAAAGUGAAACAAACUUCUGAAGAAGAUACCUAUCCUAAAUCGGAUAUCAAUGGACUCAAUAAUGAAAAUAAGCAGCAAGAUAUUCUCGAAACAUUGAAAGAUCUACAAGAGAGGGGACGAAAACUUACAAUUUCGAGAAUACCAGUUAGCCGAACAAAGAGCCCCAAUUUCCGUGAGGAUAAGGAAUACGUCAAGAAGGAACAGUUGGAUUCAGACAAUGAACGAAUAGCUUUAGCCAAUACUAUGUGGUUUGGGAAUAGAGAUGGAAGAUCAAACGACCGGGUCAAGGGGAGACGCGAAAUGAAUAUGAAACUAAACGUUGCUGAUGAAAUGUCGAAAGUAAGACGGAGAAUGAGAGCCAGAAGCGAGAGUCCGCGUUCUUAUCAACGGAAUACAGGCCAAGCGAAAAUAGACGCUACUAACGUUUAUGUUGCUCGUCAGAUAAAAUCAGAACAACAUAAUGAGGAAAAACCGAAGAAUUUAAAAUCUGUUGCUAUUUCAAGUUAUAGAAAUGGUAAACCAGAUGCCACAACUCGAGAUGAAAGAACCUCGCGUGAUGUACGCAACGAUAAAGCAACUCCAAAAUCAAAAGAUUCAGAAAGAGAAACUAAAGUCAAUGGGAAAUCCAAUGCAUGCAAAAUGAACGGUACUAACGGCGUGUCUGAGCGAGCUGCAGGUGUAACAAAGCCAAGUGCCAGAGACAAACGACGACGGAACAGAACAAUCCAUGGUGACAUAUCCGCCAUGAUUGCAGACGCAAGGACUUUUAGCGAUGAUGGUAAAAGUUCAGACAACUUUAAGAGAGAUACGAAAGCAAAGUUAAACAACGCUGAUGACAUGGAUACUGAUUCAGAUUGUAGUUUCUAUAGCAAUGAUGGAAUAAGCAAGCAAAGCAAAGAUGUUUUAAGAAGCGCCAAGUCAGCUCACAAAAGUAGAAUUCCAAGUUGUAAUGAAAUGCUUUAUGAUCGAUAA